AUGGCGUCUGCGAUCAAAAGCGCAUUGCCUUCGCACCUAAAGCAGUCGUCCCCCCUGGGCGGCGGCCAUGGCAACGGCAAGGACGACGCAGAGUUUGCCUCGCGUCAUCAUGGCAAGACGAGAUCGCACAUGGCCUUCGAGAAUACUUCGACCAAUGUCGCUGCUGCCCAGAUGCGGAACGCCCUUACGCAGCUCGCCGAGACGGUCGAGGACCCCCAAGAGAAGAAGCUUUUCGAGACUGAAAUGGACAACUUCUUCGCUUUGUUUCGCCGCUACUUGAAUGACAAGGCCAAGGGCAAUGCUGUGGACUGGGAUCGCAUUGCCCCUCCCGCACAGGGGCAGGUUGUCGACUACGAAGAUCUCUCCAACUCGGAGGCUGUCCAAUUCCUCAGCAAGCUUGCCGUCCUUAAGCUAAAUGGCGGUCUCGGUACCUCCAUGGGCUGCGUCGGCCCCAAGUCCGUGAUCGAAGUCCGUGACGGCAUGUCCUUCCUGGAUCUCUCCGUUCGCCAGGUCGAGUACCUGAAUCGAACAUACAAUGUCAACGUGCCUUUCCUCCUGAUGAACUCGUUCAACACCAAUGACGACACGGCGUCCAUCAUCAAGAAAUACGAGGGCCAUAACGUCGAUAUCCUCACCUUCAACCAGUCGCGCUACCCCAGAAUUCUCAAGGAUUCGCUCCUGCCCGUGCCCAAAACCUUCCAAUCUCCCAUUUCCGAUUGGUACCCACCUGGCCACGGUGAUGUGUUCGAGUCGCUCUAUAAUUCGGGCAUUCUCGAGAAGCUCCUUGAUCGCGGCAUUGAGAUCAUCUUCCUCUCCAAUGUCGAUAACCUUGGAGCUGUUGUCGAUCUCCGCAUCCUCCAGCACAUGGUCGAGACCGAGGCCGAAUACAUCAUGGAGCUGACCAACAAGACCAAGGCCGAUGUGAAGGGUGGCACCAUUAUCGACUACGAGGGGUCCGUUCGCCUCCUUGAGAUCGCCCAGGUGCCCAAGGAGCAUGUCAACGAAUUCAAGUCGAUCAAGAAAUUCAAGUACUUCAACACGAACAACAUCUGGCUGAACCUCAAGGCCAUCAAACGGGUUGUGGAGAAUGACGAACUCGAGAUGGAGAUCAUCCCGAACGGCAAGACUAUACCCGGUGACAAGAAGGGCGAGUCGGACAUUUCCAUUAUCCAGCUCGAGACGGCGGUUGGCGCUGCUAUUCGCCACUUCAGUAACGCCCACGGAGUCAAUGUUCCCCGCAGGCGUUUCUUGCCCGUCAAGACAUGCUCUGAUCUGAUGCUCGUCAAAUCGGACCUUUACCAGGUUAAGCACGGUCAACUCCAAAUGAGCACCUCCCGCUUUGGCGACGCCCCCCUCAUCAAGCUGGGCAGCGACUUUAAGAAGGUGUCCGACUUCCAGAAGCGCAUUCCGUCCAUCCCCAAGAUGAUCGAACUGGAUCAUCUGACCAUCACGGGUGCUGUGAAUCUCGGUCGCGGUGUGACUUUAAAGGGCACUGUCAUUAUUGUCGCCACCGAGGGCAGCACCAUCGACAUCCCUCCAGGCUCCCUUCUCGAAAACGUUGUUGUGCAGGGCAGUUUGCGUCUCCUGGAGCACUAA